CACGCAAGCGCGCACCCACGCACGCGCAGGACGCCGGCCCGCUCGCUUUGGCGUGUUCGGUCUGCCUUUUGGAGUCAAGAGUCUCGCAUCGCGGAGGCGACACCAAGUUGUGAGUGUGGAUCAAUGGUCUGACGAUACUCUACGCGAUCGUGACACCCCUCAAGUCCACCUACCUCGGCGCGAUCCUGGUCAGUCUCAGCAGACCAAGUGCAGCUCGUCAACGGUAGGCGAUCUCGACCUUCUCGCCAGCGCCAUCUUCAGGCAGUCUCGCCACCUCGUAGGCAGGCGGAUUGAUCAAGAGCAAUUCCUCUCGACUCGCUUGCCAGCUUUGGCUUCGCAAUCUUGAGUCUCCUUUCAUACACCACUACAAAGCACCUAUACAUCGAAAGCACCCACACAUCAACACUCCACAAGCUUUGCAGCAUGGCGGUGCUCUCGCGCUUUCAGCCGCAGUAUGAAGCGGCCAAGAUGGAAGCUGCAAACUACGCGAUUCAGGGAGCGAUGAAAUAUAGAGAGAACCAUGCGCUGAUUCAAAGGAUCCUACAGAUCGGCUACGGCUCCUUCAUCUUGAUAGGCACAUGGAAGAGCCUGAAUCCCAAGCCAAAAAAGAAGGACAGAGAUGCUGGCAAGAAGGCCGUGGCUGCUUCGGCUGCUGGAGCUAGCUCGGCUGCAACAGAUGGAAGAAAAGAAGGCACACAGCUAGAGAGGCAAACCAGAGAGGUGGAAGAGGCUGACGAGAGCGGUGGGAAACGAGGCAAAAAGGGGAAGAAGGGGAGAGGACCAAAGGUUGAGGUGGACGCCCUCUUCUUUGCUAGACUGAAAAAACUGCUUAGGAUCGUAAUCCCGGGACUGCGGUCAAAGGAGUCUUUCCUGCUUUUGAGCCACACCAUCUUCCUGGUCCUCCGAACCAUGUUGUCUCUAUACGUCGCAGACCUCGAUGGCCGCAUAGUCUCCGCUUUGGUACGAGGUCAGACCAGACAAUUCAUCACAGGCAUCAUUUGGUGGAUGGCAGUCGCAGUUCCUGCUACCUACACAAAUGCCAUGAUCGAGUUUCUGCAAUCACGGAUUGCAUUGGCAUAUAGGUCCAGACUUACUCAAAAGGUGCAUGACAUGUACCUGUCAGAUGCCACAUACUACAAGCUUGGCAACUUGGACGAUCGCGUCCGAAACGCUGAUCAGCUCAUCGCUGUUGACAUCGCCAAAUUCUCGGCUAGUCUUGCGGAAUGCUACAGCAAUGUGUCAAAGCCUAUUCUGGACGUCCUCCUCUACAACUUUCAGCUGUCUCAGAAUGUCGGUGCCGAGGGAUUGAUCUUCAUCAACUUCCUCGUCCAGGGCAGCGCAGCUUUGCUUCGUGCGCUCACUCCACCUUUCGGACAGUACGCCGCUGAAGGUCAGAGGUUGGAAGGCGAGUUCAGAUGGACACAUUCUCGCCUCAUUGAGAAUAGCGAAGAGAUUGCAUUCUACAGAGGCCAGGCGACGGAGAAGGGCGCGAUUGAGAGAGCGUACUUUAGUUUGAUCAAGCAUGUCAACCGAGUCUAUCGCAUCAGGAUUGGUCACGGCAUGGUGGAGGAAGGCAUCAUCAAAUGGUUCUGGGGUGCUUUGGGUCUUGUCAUCUGCGCGAUCCCAGCUUUUGUCAAAAUCCCAGGGGUCAAGGCAGGCGACUUGGGCUCGCGAACGGAAGCCUUUGUCACGAAUCGCAGACUGUUGUUGUCCAGCAGUGAUGCAUUUGGUCGAGUCAUGUACUCGUACAAGGAAGUUGCCGAGCUUGCGGGAUAUACUGCUCGUGUGUCCGAGCUGCUGGGCACAAUGGAGGACGUGAAGGCGGGCAAAUUCGACAAGAAGCUCGUCUCAAGCGCCAGCGAUCCAGAGGUGGCACAGCUCCUGAAGACAAGAGGGAAGAUCGUCGAGUCUGAAGACAUCAUCUUCGAGAAUGUGCCCAUCGUGACACCAGCUGGUGAAGUCUUGAUCAAGGCCAUGUCCUUCCACGUCUCGCCCGGUAUGCCGACUCUGAUUCUUGGCCCGAAUGGCUGCGGCAAGAGUUCCCUCUUCCGACUACUCGGUGAACUCUGGCCAUGUUUGGGUGGAACGAUCCACAAGCCAAAACCGGCAGAUAUUUUCUAUGUUCCGCAGAGGCCUUAUACCUCGUUGGGAACAUUACGAGAUCAGAUUAUCUACCCACUCACAGCAACAGAGAUGAGAGCAAGGGGCGUUGCAGACGAGGCAUUACUGGAUUUGCUCCGCGUCGUCGAGCUCGAAGACAUUGUCGGAAGGUUCGAUGAAGGAUUUGAUGCGCAAACCGACUGGAGCUCGAGUUUGAGUGGAGGAGACAAGCAAAGAUUAGCGUUGGCCAGGCUGUACUUUCACAAGCCUAAAUUCGCUGUCUUGGACGAGUGUACUUCGAAUAUGAGUCUUGAGCUGGAGAAGAAACUCUACAGUCAUGCCGCUUCCAUCGGUACCACCGUCUUCUCGGUCUCCCACAGAUCGUCGCUCUGGAGGUAUCACACUCAUUGUCUGGCCUUUACUGGCGAGGGUACAUACACAUUUGGCCCUCUCGAUGCGGAAAAGCGACUGGCGUUGCAAACGGAGAAAGAAACACUGGAGCACAAGCUAUUGGGCGUACCGAAGAUGAAGGCGAGACUUGCGGAGCUGCAAGCUGCCCAGAAGGAGCAACACUCAAGACCUUCAUCUCCCGUCAGGGACAAGAGCCAGCGCAAGUUCUAGACGUCUUGUCACGACUUGAUAUCGAUACCUCCCUUUCCCUCGACGCUCAUAAAAUGUCCACGGCGGCGGUGCGGGGAGCCUUUGACUUGAAUCCAAAGUCUGGGGUAGCGAUGCCCUGGAGCGCACACGCUGCAUACCUAACUUGCAAUGUGAUCCACAAUCUCUCUGGCC